UUUAGUUUUAGAAAAAAGUAAUUAAUUAUGGAUAAAUUUUCUGAAGAAGAACCACACAAACCAUCUUUUCUUUCACGGUUUUAUACUGCUCUUGGACAGAGAUAUCAAUCGAUAUUGGAUAAAACAGUACCUUAUUUGAUAGCUAGAUGGUUAUUUACGUGUUUUCUGGUUGUAUUUUACUGCGUUCGCGUUUAUUUUUUGCAGGGUUGGUAUAUUGUUAGUUAUGCUCUAGGAAUUUAUUUACUUAACUUAUUUAUUGGUUUUCUUUCACCGCGUAUUGAUCCAUCAAGGGAAAGAGAUUUGUUUUAUGAUGAAGACGAUAGUCCUGGAUUACCUACACAAAACGAUGAAGAAUUUAGACCAUUUAUCAGAAAACUACCUGAAUUUAAGUUUUGGUAUUCAGGAUGUAAGUCAAUCAUAGUAGGCACAAUUUGUACAUGCUUUGAAAUGUUUAACAUACCUGUGUUUUGGCCGAUAUUGGUAGUUUACUUCUGUUUGCUUUUUGUGAUGACCAUGAAACGCCAAAUUAAACAUAUGAUUAAAUAUCGAUAUUUACCUUUCACUCACGGCAAACGAAAGUAUAAAGGAAAAGAAAAUGACACAAUUGGAAAGUGAGCAUUUGGUACGGAACCUGAAGCUGUCUGGCUUCGUUUAAAUAUAAAAUCUCCUCGAAACAACACAGUUUUCUUGGUGAUAAACUCGCGCAUGUUGCCUAAUAUUACACGAAUUAUAAUUGUAAUUAAGGCUAGGUUUAUUCAAUGGGCCGGGUUUUUUUUAAAUUAAUUUUUCAAAAGCUUUGUAAAUAAAAUUUCUCUUUUUUUAAAAUCUACGAUAAAUUUAAUUAGCGCUAUUUUCUGUUAUGUUAUAGAAUUUCGUAUAAACUUGAUUUGAUUAUGGUGUGACAGCAAAGUUAAUUAUUGUACAAAAAAAAUAAUUAAUUUACAUUUAUUUACAAAA